AGUGCAGACAUUUUAAUCAUGAAAUGGCGGAUGCUGCAUCAUUCAGAGACAAAGUCUCGAAUCCAGGGCCCCAGAGACGCAACAGUGUGGGGUUAUUGCCCCCUAUGAUGUCUGAAAGUGCUACAGAGCUAAGGAUUGUGCUGCUCGGCAAGAAUGGCUCUGAGAAGAGUGCUGUUGGAAACUUCAUCCUGGAAAGAGGGGCAUUUGACCCCAACUAUGUACAAAACCGCUGUGAGAGAGCCAGGGGUCAAGUAGACGGAAGAGGCAUAGCUGUGAUCAACACUCCAGACCUGUUAGACCCUCACAUCUCACAUGACAAACAAUCAGAGGAACUGCGUUGGUGUGUCACUCUGUCUGACCCAGGACCUCAUGUGUUCCUGUUGGUCCUGCAGCCUGAGGAGUUCACACAAGAAGAGGGAAACAGAAUCAGGCAAAUCCUAGACAACCUCAGUGAACGGUCCUUUGACUACUCAAUGGUACUGACAACUCAUGAAGACAGGAGGGGACACAUGCAUGAUGAUCACCCUCUGAAUCAGAUGGUCAGAGAAUGUAGAGGGAGGCAGUACGUCAUGCACCCCAGUGACCGCACUCAACUUAUGGCAGAUGUUGACAAGAUUGUAAAGGAGAAUGGAGGAGGCUAUCUCACCUGUGAUGUAUUUGAAGAUACUACAAGUGGCAUGGUACAAGGGAAAGAGGAAAUCCACAGGAGGAAAACUGAUUGGAGCCUCAAAUCUUCCUCUGAGGAAGAACUUGGAAAGGAUGUUUUGAAACAAGGUGAAUCAGCACAAUUUUGCAAUUUGCAGAACGUUAGAGAAGUUGGUUUGACAUUGAUUAAGGAAAAGGUUUGGGAGCAAUCACACAGUGGAGCAAAAUGUG